AUGAGUAGAUUGCUAGAAAGCGAGAGUGGUACAGACACGGAGGGUGAUUCGGGAUCCAAUCUUUCAAAUUCGCUAUCGUCGACAGCAGCUACCCAGUUGGGAAGAGAGAGCCCACGGAACAAAAAUCCUGCAUUAAGCCUUCGAAAUCGGUUGGAGCAAUUUAGUAGGAGGCUUUCGCAAUUAGACUUAGAGGAUAAACCAGAUCAAUCAGGAUAUAAUGAGAAAGUCGUGAUUCCUCCAGAAGGAAGUUCGUCGAGACGCAAAUCGCCUGAUAGCAUUAUGCACGAUGAUGAUAAAGAACCCUCUACUGAUAAAGUGAAAAUAAAAUUUCAGCCCAUUGGAUCCAUACCACCAAUGAGGCCAUCAGUUUGUAAGAUUUCUGGUACUCAACCGUUCUCGAUGGUUUUAAUAUUCCUUCAAAGACGACUGAAAGUCGAUAAUAUUUAUUGCUAUGUGAACAACUCAUUUGCUCCGAGCCCGCAACAAAUCGUUGGGGAAUUGUGGAGGCAAUUUAAAGUCAAGGAUGAGUUGAUAAUAAGUUAUUGUGGUUCUGUCGCGUUUGGUUGA